AUGGUUGCCUACACUGGUACCGAUGGAUUAUUCAGUCAAAUUGUAUUACAUCUUUCAGGGGAAUAUUUUAUUUUACGAACAGCUUAUGACUGUGAAUGGUACCAUUUACCAACCAAAAAAGUAAAAUCUCUUCUUCUACUCAUACAAAUGGGACAAAAGCCAGUAGAAAUAACAGCAGGGAAAUUUUGUGUUCUUAAUUUAAUACUCUUUGGAAGUAUUAUGAAAACAUCAAUGGGAUACUUGUCCUUUUUAAUAACUAUGAAACAAAAAAGUUAA